GGAGGAUCUGAACGCGUCGCGUGUCGCGAGGGGAACAUCAGUCGCGUUCCCCUGUUUCAAUCCACAGCAUCUGUGCGCGUCGCGUUGCUCUGACUGCAGGCGCGGGGCGUGUCUCUGUAGGCGGGUCGCGUUGCUGAUGUGAGGACGCAGGUGACGCGGCGCUCAGCACCAUCGGAAGACGCGCGGAGUUGAGACGCGUUGCGCUCUGACGGAUACUGGACAUUAUUCAGGAGAUUCAGGAGAAAAACGCAGGAGUUUGAGUAAAGGAGAGACGAAAACGCGGGAGAGAAUUCCGAAGGCCUGGAGAAUGCUUGAAUCUGGAGGGCCUGCCGUGGGAAUAAUGCCGUUCGGAAGAACAUGAAUCACAGAUAAAGACUCAACCAUGACCAUCGCACGUGGUCCACUGGACGCCAGAUCUCUGCAUUGAAAUCUUCGAGAGAACCUAAACUGGGAGCCAUUUAUCGCUCAUCCACCUCCAGCCUGAUGCACCGACCAAUGGAGAGACUACGGAUAGAGUCUGGAUAAAGAGGAGCAGGGCAAGAAAGAGAGUGAAUAAUUGGCGUGUGGGAUCUUGUAGCGUUGGGAAUUGAGCCGUCUGCCCCCUUGUUCCCCAUAGAGUCACGAGGAGCUCCGCUGUCUCAGAGGAGGAGGCCCGGGUGAAAUGAAGUCUCGGUGUUGGUCCACUCUCCGGCCCCUGUGGCCGUUGCUGUUAGCUGGACUCUUGCUGUCGGCAGGGGCCCUGGAGUUUGGCGGCGCUCCCGGCCAGUGGGCGCGUUACUCCCGCUGGGAAGCAGGAUCGAUCGGGGAGCUCAGCUUCAGCCUGAAGACCAAUGUGAGCAAGGCUCUGGUUCUGUACUUGGACGACGGUGGGAACUGUGACUUCUUGGAGCUGCUCAUCGGCGAAGGACACCUUCAGCUCCGAUUCGCCAUCCACUGCGCCGAACCGGCCAGCCUGCAGAUGGAGACCCGCGUCAACGACGACCGCUGGCACAUGGUCCUGCUCACCCGAAACUACCGCGAGACCAUGCUGAUGGUGGACGGGGAAACCAAAGUGGCUGAAGUCCGUUCCAAGCGCAAAGAAAUGGCCGUCGUCAGCGACCUCUUCGUGGGGGGGAUUCCCCCGGACGUACGCCUGUCCGCGCUCACGUCCAGCACGGUGAAAUACGAGCCUCCCUUCAUGGGUCUGAUCUCCAACCUGAAGGUGGGCGAGAUGCCUCCCUCUCUUCUCAACAGCAACGGCAUUCACAACGACCUGGAGUAUCUGUGCACCAAGCAGAACCCCUGCCUCAAUGGAGGAUACUGCACCGUCCAGUUCGGGGAGGUCCACUGCGACUGCUCUCACACACGCUUCCGGGGAAAAUACUGCAAAGAAGGAACAGAAGAGUACGCUGUGGAAGGUCUGGCGCACCUGACGUUAAACAGCCAAGGAGACUCGGCUCAACCCGGGAAAGAGGAAUCGGUCGCCACGUUCAAGGGGAACGAGUUCUUCUGCUACGAUCUGUCCAUGACCCCCAUCCAGAGCAGCACGGACGAGAUCACGCUGUCCUUCCGGACGCUCCAGCGCAACGGCCUGAUGCUCCACACCGGGAAAUCUGCGGAUUACGUCAACCUGUCCCUGAAGAGCGGCGCCGUGUGGCUCGUCAUCAACCUGGGCUCCGGAGCCUUCGAGGCCCUCGUGGAGCCGGUCAACGGGAAGUUCAAUGACAACGCUUGGCACGAUGUCAAAGUCACGCGAAACCUGCGCCAGCACUCAGGCAUUGGACACGCUAUGGUCACUAUAUCGGUGGAUGGUAUUCUGACCACCACCGGUUACACACAGGAGGAUUACACCAUGCUGGGAUCCGAUGACUUCUUCUACAUCGGAGGAAGCCCGAACACCGCGGAUCUGCCUGGAUCUCCGGUCAGCAACAACUUCAUGGGAUGCCUGAAAGAUGUCGUCUACAAGAACAACGACUUCAAGCUGGAGCUGUCCCGCCUGGCCAUCGAGAGAGACCCCAAGAUCAGUCUGCACGGCGACCUGGUGUUCCGGUGCGAGGACGUGGCGGCCCUCGACCCCGUGACCUUCGAGACGGCCGAGUCCUACAUCGCCCUGCCGCGCUGGGACACCAAGAAGACCAGCUCCAUCUCCUUCGACUUCCGCACCACCGAGCCCAGCGGACUCCUGCUGUUCAGCCACGGGAAACCCCAGAGCUCGCAGGAGCAGCGGCCGGCCCGCGAGGUCAAGACCGAUUACUUCGCCAUGGAGCUGCUGGACGGGUUCCUGUACCUGCUGAUGGACAUGGGCUCGGGGAGCAUCAAACUCAAGACCAGCAACAAGAAGGUCAACGACGGCGAAUGGUGCCACGUGGACUUCCAAAGAGAAGGACGAAAAGGCUCCAUCUCCGUCAACAGCCGCUCGAUCCCCUUCAGCUCAAACGAGGGCAGUGAGAUCCUGGACCUGGACAGUGACAUGUUCCUGGGCGGUUUACCGGAGCCGCGGCAGGGCCUGAUCCUGCCCCCCGAGGUGUGGACCGCGCUGCUAAACUACGGCUACGUGGGCUGCGUGCGCGACCUGUUCAUCGACGGCAAGAGCCGAGACGUGCGCCGUCUGGCCGAGAUCCAGAGCGCGCCGGGCGUCAGCAGCUUCUGCACGCGCGAGCUCCAGAAGAGGUGCAGCAGCGCCCCCUGCAGUAACGGAGGACAGUGCAAGGAGGGCUGGAACCGCUACAUCUGCGACUGCACCGGCACCGGCUUCCUGGGCAGCAACUGCGACAUCGAGGCCACAGUGUUGAGUUACGACGGCAGCAUGUAUCUGAAGAUCCUCAUGCCCGUCCCCAUGCACACGGAGGCGGAGGACGUGUCCCUGCGCUUCAUGUCCCAGCGAGCGUUCGGGAUCCUGAUGGCCACCACCUCCCGAGAGUCGGCCGACACACUCAGGCUGGAGCUGGACGGAGGACGGGUCAAGCUCACUGUCAACCUCGACUGUAUCAGGAUAGACUGUAACCUCAGUAAAGGUCCAGAGAUCCUGACGGCCGGUCAGAAGCUCAACGAUAACGAGUGGCACUUGGUGCGAGUGGUGCGGCGCGGAAGGAACCUGCAGCUGUGUGUGGAUAACGUCACUGUGGAAGGUCAGAUGUCGGGGGAUCACACUCGUCUGGAGUUCCACAACAUCGAGACGGGCAUCAUGACGGAGCGCAGGUUCAUCUCCGUCGUUCCCUCAAACUUCAUCGGGCACCUGCAGGGCCUGACGCUCAACGGCGUGCCGUACCUGGACCAGUGCAAGAACGGAGACAUCUCCUACUGUGAGCUGAACGCCCGCUUCGGCAUGCGCCACAUCAUCGCCGACCCCGUGACCUUCCGCAAUAAGGGCAGCUACCUAGCGCUGGCGACGCUGCAGGCGUACGCGUCCAUGCACCUGUUCUUCCAGUUCAAGACCACGUCCACGGACGGCCUGCUGCUCUACAACAGCGGCGACGGCAGCGACUUCAUCGUGGUGGAGCUGGUCAAGGGGUUUAUCCACUACGUGUUCGACCUCGGGAACGGGCCGUCUCUCAUGAAGGGAAACUCGGAGAAGCCGCUCAAUGACAACCAGUGGCACAACGUGGUGGUUUCCCGAGACACCAAUAACGUGCACAUGCUGAAGAUCGACUCUCGCACCGUGACGCAGCACUCCAACGGCGCCAGGAACCUGGACCUCAAAGGGGAGCUGUACAUCGGUGGAGUCGCUAAGAGCAUGUACAACAGCCUGCCCAAGCUGAUCGCGUCCCGGGACGGGUACCAGGGGUGCCUCGCCUCCGUGGACCUGAACGGCCGCCUGCCGGACCUGCUCGCAGACGCCCUCCACAGGGUGGGCCAGGUGGAUCGAGGAUGCGACGGACCCAGCACCACCUGUACGGAGGACUCGUGUCAUCAUCAGGGGGUGUGUCUGCAGCAGUGGGAGGGCUUCACCUGCGACUGCACCAUGACGUCCUACGGGGGCUCGUUCUGCAGCGACCGUGAGUACACACCUUCAUCUUCCUCAUCUUCUGCUUCUGUUCCUGACCACAGACUGGUGGAUCCUGCUGUGUUUUAUGUGAACAGGGUCCAUUAA